CGCCAAAAUUCAGCAAAAUAUAAAAAUGUUGCACGAAGCGCUCAUGCUUGAGAUAUACCGGCAGGCGCUAAAUGCUGGCGCUUUGCCGACAGCACGUCCACGUUCUACAGAGUCGGCCAACUCAAGCGAGCGUUGUCCUUCGCACGAUUCCAACUCUUCGGAGAAUGGUCGCGAAAGCCGGGAAAUGACCAACGCCGCCGCUAACGCUGCCGCAGCUGCUGCUGCGAACGCCGGCAUGCUUCCCUUGCCACCAUCAAUGGCCGCUACAUUCCCAGCUGUACCUCAAAAUUUACCUGCACAGCCACCUUCGAUGGAGGCAUAUCUGCAAAUGGUCGCCGCCGCCGCUCAGCAAUAUGGCUUUCCAUUGGGUGCAGCCGCUGCAGCAGCUGCCGGCCCGCGUUUUCAGCUACCUUUGCCCACAGAUGCGCCAGCUCCAUUCAAACUACCACCACAAGCAUCACCCACCGCUUCGAGCAACAAUUCAGAGGCGCUAGAUUUUCGCACAAAUCUGUUUGGACGUACCGCUUCUGCGGACCGCGCACCAUCCGAAGAAGAGGAAGACGACGAAGAAGCUAACGAUGCUAAUAAUCCACUUGAUUUAUCGGUUGGCACGCGUAAGCGUUCAGCAGAUGGCGAUCAUGAACCCGACUCCACCAUCGGACAAAUUCAUGUGAAGAAAAUAUUCAAAACCGAUAGCCCACCACUGGUGCCACCACCGACGGUAGCAGCCGCACCACUGUUGCCCGCAGUCAAUCCAUAUUUGGCAGCAGUUGCAGCAGCAAAUAUUUUCCGUACCGGUCAGUUUCCCGAUUGGAAUGGCAAGAAUGAUUUGGUAAUCGAUCCGUUGGAAAAGAUGUCCGAUAUUGUAAAGGGGCCGCGCAAGGAGAAGUCUUCACGCUCAUCAGCGAGCAAUACACCCACAGCGCAGUCUGUUGCAGGGCAACCGCCUACUUCUGCCCCUUCUGCAAGCACACCAAAUUCGACCAAUACAACACUAACCGCCUCCACGGAGGGCAUGUCUAAGGCGCGACACAAUAUCUGGCAGUCGCACUGGCAAAAUAAAGGUGUGGCCAGCUCGGUAUUCCGUUGCGUGUGGUGCAAGCAGAGUUUCUCCACACUAGAAGCGCUUACCACGCACAUGAAGGAUAGCAAGCACUGUGGCGUGAAUGUGCCGCCAUUCGGUAAUCUGCCCAACACUGAUCGGCACCAUCAACCACCGCCACCGCAGUCGAGCGGAUCCCAACACUCGCACAACUUGCGCAAGCCACCGGGAAGUGGUGGUGGCGGCUCGCAAUCCAACUCGUCUUCCCAACCAUCAGCGGCGGCUAAGAACGCCUUCCAAUAUCGUGGCGAUCCACCAACACCAUUGCCGCGCAAGCUGGUGCGUGGACAAAACGUAUGGCUGGGCAAGGGCGUGGAGCAGGCCAUGCAGAUAUUGAAAUGUAUGCGUUGCGGUGAAAGCUUCCGUUCGCUCGGCGAGAUGACCAAACACAUGCAGGAGACUCAACAUUACACAAACAUUUUGUCACAAGAACAAACGAUCUCAAUGAAAUCCUCCGGCGGCGGUGAUGCGAAGGAUGGUCAGAACAGCUUGAGCUCCGAAGAGAGCCGCACACUGAGCGCCGUGCUAACGUGCAAAGUGUGUGAUAAGGCAUUCAAUUCGCUGGGCGAUCUCAGUAAUCAUAUGGCUAAGAAUAACCACUACGCCGAGCCGUUGAUGCAAUCCAUGUCAGGUGGCGCUGGCAGUCGCAAACGCCCAGCACCUAAGAAGCGCGAGAAGUCGUUGCCAGUGAGGAAGCUGCUCGAGAUGAAGGGUGCGCAAAACGAAGCGGAGAGCAUGGAGGCCAAGAUGCAGCGUAGCUAUGAAAAUACCAAGCGUAUGCCACUCGAGGGCACCGGUAUCGGGCCGGGCAAUGACAAAUCGGAUGCGGCAUUAUUCGCCGAACGCAUGCGCCAAUACAUAACGGGUGUCAAGGCGGACGACGAAGCGGCCAAGUCUGCUCUGAGCUUAGGUGGUUUAAUGAACAAAACUAAGUCACCAGAUUUGGAGCCGAAAAAUGGCACCACAAAGUCCACGGCGGGCUCAUCAUCUGUGCUCAGCGCCAUCGAGCAGAUGUUCACUACUAGUUUUGAUACGCCACCACGCCAUGCCAGCUUACCGGCCACCAGUCCAUCGAAUUCGUCGACCAAGAAUACCUCGCCCGUAGCUUCGAGCAUAUUGAAGCGUCUGGGUAUCGACGAAACUGUAGACUACAACAAACCAUUGAUAGACACCUCAGAUCCAUACUAUCAGCAUUACCGUUACACGAGCAGUGAACGCAGCGGCAGCGAGUGUAGUGCCGAAACACAUGUCGAGGCUAGAAAAAUGGAUGUAUCCACACCGGAGAAGAUGCAGCCAAUUGAGAUGGUGAGCAUGGAACAGAAACAAACUGAAAUGAAAAGGGAGUUAGAGGCGCUCAAACAAAAAGCAGCGCAUGCAAAUGUUUUGAUGGAACAAGCGCCACAAAUCAAAAUGGAGAUCAAGUCUGAGAUUGAAGAUGAAGAGCGUGGCGAUGAGAGCCCACAAAACGGUGCCGAUGGCAAUGAGAAAGCACAGCAUGUCGCUAAUGGUGCUGAUUUUUCAAUAACCAAUAACAACAACAAUAAUAAUAACAACAAGGAGCGCAGCAUUUCACCACCCAAGUCAGCUGGUCCCGUUAGCCCUGUAUUGAACAAGGUGUUAACACCACGCAGUCCCACCGACAGUCAUCGUUCGGCUACACCCCGAUCGCCAGCAUCCAGUAUCAAGUCAUACGAUGGUGAGAAGAAAUAUCCGAGCGAUUCGCUAAAUGCACUCUCCUCCAUGUUUGAUUCGCUUGGCAGCUCCAGCAACACCACCACGCCCAAUAGUCGCACACAAGCAUCAGCAAUGCCGUCGUCGUUAAGCAAUAAAAUCGAUUCACCCGAAAAUCUCACCACAUCCAAUUCGCUUGCUGCUUUACGUCAAUUUUGCAUAAAAAAAGAGAAAACCGCUUAAAUCGCAGCCUUUUGUUUUUCGUCUCGCGAGAAAGAAACAGAUUUCAAAAAUUUUUUGUUU